UGCUAAGUAACCCCUGCUGCUGCUGCUGCUGCUGUUUGAAGGAUGCUGAGAGUUUAGCCGCAGCAUCCAGUGGAAGCGGGCUGUUUGAGGUGUCCAGCUGAAACCGGAGGAUGGACGAAAGCACCGAGUUAUCCCUGAGCAUUGCUCACAUCGCCCAGCGGCUCCAAGGAAGCCAUCUACACUCUCAGAUAGAGAGACAAGCUAAAGACUGUUUACAUCGACCGGAGAUAAGAUUGGAGUCGCUAAAGGAAGACGUGCGUAGCUUUCUGAAAACAUCAGGUUGGGAGAAAAAGCUACAGAAUGCUGUCUACAGAGAACUGCAUAUCCAGCUGCCUCCUAGCCAUCCCCCGGCUCCUCCGGAGCAUCUCAAAGAGCCGCUGGCCUACAUGCGUAAGGCUCAGGCCAGCUGGGAGAAACGCAUCCUCAAAAGCCUGAACAGCAUGAGCACGGAGCUCGGAGUGCCUCUGGCUCGUAAGAGGCCUGCAGCCGAGCAGAAGGAGCUCACCAACAAGUGGAACGAGAUGGGCACAGACGAACCAGACUUAAGUCGCUUCAGGCCUGUGUAUGCCCCCAAAGACUUCCUCGAGGUGUUGAUCGGUUUGCGGAACCCCAACCAUGACAGCUGUGAGGACAUCAGCGCCCGGAGCCACUGGGGCCUCAUUCAGGUCCCCCUCAACGUCCGGGACAUCCCACACCUGAGGCAGGCGUACUCAGAGCUCAACCUGAACUCCGGCCAGUUGGGGAUUGACGACCACGCACAUGUCCAUCCAGACCUGUUUGAAAACAACUAUGUUCAGAUCGGCAAAAAAGUUGUAGUGGAGCAGGACAGUGCAGCUGCACAGCAGUACAGCAGGCGGGGCUGUCCCACCGGGCUCCGGGCAGACCUCUGGGCUAUCAUCUUGAACUCGGCCAACCAGCCGCAGGACGUCAUGCAUUAUGAGCAGCUCAGGGCUGGAGUGAUCCAACACGACCUGCUGGUUGACAACCUCAUCUACAAGGAUGUCAAACUCACCGCCAGUAAUGACGACUACUACUUUGUGUUUGAAGAUUUCCUCUAUCAGGUACUUUUGUGUUUCUCUCGGGACACCGCCGUCCUGGAGCAUUUCAAGUACAACAGCGCCACUCCCCCUAAAUCCUUUCUGCAUGGGAAGGUAGGAGAUGAAGAAUACGCUGUGGUUUAUCCUCCGAAUGGUGUUAUCCCUUUCCAUGGCUUUUCUAUGUAUGUGGCACCCUUGUGUUUCCUGUACAACGAGCCAUCCAAACUCUACAGCGUCUUCCGGGAAAUGUACAUCCGCUACUUUUUUAGGCUGCACUCCAUCUCUUCUUCUUUCUCAGGUAUAGUGUCCUUGUGUCUGCAGUUUGAGCGGCUACUCCAAACCCACCUGCCUCAGCUGUUUUACCACCUUCGACAGAUUGGGGCCCAGCCGUUGCGUAUUGCCUUUAAGUGGAUGGUGCGGGCCUUUUCUGGUUAUCUUUCCACUGAUCAGCUGCUUCUUCUUUGGGAUCGAAUCCUUGGGUACGACUCACUGGAGGUAGUUGCAGUCCUUGCAGCUGCUGUGUUUGCCUUCCGCGCUGAGAACCUGAUGGAGGUGACAUCGCUGGCCUCAGCUGAGGCCGUCCUCGCCGACCUUUCAACCCUGAAGGUUAUACCGCUCAUUCAGAUCUUUCUUUUCGCCACCGCUAUCUGAAGAUCACCAAAAUGAAGACAUGAGUUCUGGUACGGCAUAAACCAAGCAUGAUCCACCACUCAACUAUGAUCACAAGUUGAAUAAUGAAAACUGACAUCAGGGCGAUGCACCUCAUGUAGUUCAAGCAAAAAGCCAAACGCACCUUUAGCCCUAUAAAUAGUAAUCACCCUUUAUGAUAAUAUUAGAUGUCAUACAGUAUGUGAGUAAAUCCUAAGGCCAAGCCAGCCUCAUUAAGCCGUAGGGAAAGAUGAUCCUCACAGCAGUUCUCUGAUCAGCUGAAGUGAGUUGCAUGAAGCAGUGAUUGUGUCACAAUGGCAGCGUGUGAGAAGAUGCAACUACAGUAACAUCGCCGAGGUUGUCUAAUGACAUGUUAAUUAGCUCCUGCCAUUAAUACAGCUCAGCGGCUCCUGCUUGUUAUUAUUAAACUGUUAGAUACUUCUGUUACUGCUGAAUGAUUUGGCAUCUUAGUCUACUCCAGCAUGUUGAAAGAAACGUGCAAAAAGCCACGAGCUACUGUGCCGUCCACAAUUAUGUCCCUCCACCCCCAUCGUAAAGAAGUAGAAAAAGCCUUAAAAUAAAUUCAAGUUUUAUAGCAGCAGCAUAAUCUCACAGUGAAUUUGUUUUUUAAUCGUGCUAAACUGGGCUCCGCAGUGGGCAUGAGAUGCUUUCCCUAAUUAUCAUUAUUUGUUUAUUGCCAGACCCAAACUGGAGUAUUUGCUGCUGAGAAGCUCAAUCUUUCGGCAUUUUCACACCUGUAGUUUGUGUAAAAAUGCCCAGGGAGGGAAACGGACCAGAUUUGAUUUAAAAUGGACUAAACACCUCAGGUGUAAAAACAUCUUAACUCUAACCUAGGGCUGAAACAAUUAAUCGGAUUAAUUCGAAAUCUAAAACAUGCCAUUUGCUGAAAGAACAACCUACUCUGAGUAGUAAUUAGGCCAAAAAUAUAUAAAAUUUGCAUUUAAGAUGAAAAACCUUUGCCUAUAAAUACGCCUGAUCUAGAACUCCUCAAGUGGCACAGCUUUAGCUUCACCAGGAUCAGGCGCUGUAAAAAAUCUCCUAUUAAGCACCUUUUGCUAAUCAUUACUAAUUGAUUAACCGCAGAAAUAGUGGACAGAUUAAUUGAUUAGCAAAUAACCGUUAGUUGGAGCCCUACUCUAAUCUGACCAAAGCAGACGGUUCCAGUUAAAAUCCCUGUAGCAUUUUGUAAACUCCACAUGUUUGUGUUUGUGAUGGUAGGACAGAAAAGUUUUUUUCUGACAUGUGUCCUACACAGCUGGUAGGUUUAUUUAGCACCCUUGCUUUUCAGUUCCUGAUGUUUUAUUGUUUUUUUUUUAAUUGUCCUGAGUGUAGAAGUGGGCCAGUUUAGCCGAGUAAGCCGCUUAUGCCUACUUAAAUGGCAUGUUCUCUGGUCUUACCCAUUUUCAAGAGUGGCUAAAAGAAACGGGCCUCCAUGUCCCAUCAAAUCUGUAACCCCGGGGAAAAGCUUAAUUGAAAGAAUUCCUUAUGAACAUUUAAUGGAGGUGCCAAUAACUGUAAUAUUUUGUAAAAAGCAAACAAAAAAAAAACAAUUAUUUCUUAAUGUAGGAUUUUGUCCCUCUAAAUAAAUGCACUCACAUUUGGAUUUUUUUGUUUUGUUUUUUGUGGUGUAAGGGGGGGGCGUUGUGGAGAACUGUAAAUGACAUUGAUGUUUGUGUUUUGUACACGCUGCUGUCUACAUGCAGUUUAUUGCAUUUACUGCGAUCUUGAUGGAUGCUUAGCACCAGUGCCAUCAGUGCCAAUAUUGAGGUGUAAUGUUUUUUUUUUUUUUUUUUUUUUACACAUGUGUGGUUUUAAAUUUUGACAAAUCCAUUGUGUCAUUUUUAUUAUUUGAAAGUCGGUGUCAUGCAUUAAAUCUUGUGCUGCAAAAAAAAAAAAAAACAUUUUUAAAUAAAGGUUAAUCACGCCUGA